AUGCAAAACUUCAUGGAUUCAAAAAUUGAUGCAACUGUUGUCUUACUAGGAACUCAAGUAGAAAAUGGUUCAAUACACAUUUUAUUGAUUGAUGAAAAAUUUGGUUUUGAGGAUGAGGAUGGGAUUCUCCACAAUCACUGCUCGCUAACACUUUUCUAUAAGAGAAAUGGAUCAUUUGUAACUGGAAGAGAUUUGACAGACGUUUUUCUAGCGAAAAAAACGUCUCGUUGGUCUGUCAUGUCUACCAAGGACUUCCACCUUUUCUACAAAGACAACAUUUGUUCAAGAUUUGAAGUUGAAGAUCCAUUCAUGCAACAAAUAGCCUAUCAAAUCAUGUCUCAAGCUGGGAUAAUCAGCGUCCCGAAUGAAGAAAUGCAAAAUAAUUUGAAUGCUAUUUUAAACAAUCGUUAUUCGUCAUCAGAAUAG